AUGAUGAUGAUGACACGACAACCAAGGCACGAAAGCAGCGACAGCAGCAGCAGCAACACUCGGAACGUAAGCAGCAGCGACAGCAGCAGCAGCGGGGAUGAUGACGUUGAGGAUGUGGAUGACCAUCCCGACAAGAGGGUUGAAGAGGAGCAAAGUCGGCGACCCAGGGCACGCCGCGAAGCACACCCGACACACAAGCCACCAUCAUUGGGCAAAUCCCUGCCGAGAGUAGAUGAGGAAGUGGAUGAUGAUGGCGACGAUGAUGCUGUGGCUCGGAGCGAUUCCAAGUCUGAUGAGAGAAGGCAAAGGAAGAGAGCAGGUCGGCCCAAGCGACGCCCUCGGCAACAGCGACAACGACAACCACAUCAGCAGCAGCGGACUGCCAGCACGAAGUUGGAGGGCGCGCUCAGCGUCGAUAUCCACUCCUGCUCGGCGCUGCCAUGCUCAACCCGGGUUGCUCAGCCAUUUGUUCGCAUGCAUGUGAUAGCCAAGCGCUCCUUGCAGCCGGCGUCGGCCACUUGUGAUGACUCGUCGUCUAGCGGCCCUCGCCAGCGCCGGCGGCGGCAGAGGCGCGGGUCUGCCGGUGGCCCGACAAACGACAACGGCAGUGGAGGAGACUCGUCGUACGAUUCUGCGGGAGAGGAAACGGGCCACUCAUCCCGCGAUACACGCGCUCUCCACACUCGUCACAAACGCAAGCACAUGUUCGAGUCGAAACCCGUGCAUGUGGAUCCAUACAGUGCGCUGAGGGCGCGCUGGGAGGAGCAGAUUCGGACGGGCCUGUCGCUUGAUGACUGCCGACCAGCGAAUGCAGAUGCAGUUGUUGUGUUCGAGGUUGUUGAUCCGCCAGCCGUGAACAUUGCCAGUGUGAAGCCUGCGGCUGCAGGAAGCAAACCAAAGGGGCCUCGGUUCGACCAGGAGUUUACACACGCGGUUGCCUUUCUUGACAUGGCGACGCUGCUGGAGUACCGCCGCAAACAGCAACAGCAGCAGCAUGAGGAGGAGGGGGAGAAGGACGGGGGAGAGGAAGAGGAGGAGCAGCAGCAGCGACGGGCGAAAAGGCGUGACCGUCAACAAAGGAGCGGCUCAGGGGACCCAGCUGAUGAGGAAGGGCACGAGAUGGGGGCGAAGGGGGGCGUCGUCGAACACACGGGUGCAAACGAGCGACAACCCGCGUCGAGUGGCAGCUCGCAGUCACUGACGCUGCCACAUCUGCGGCUGCAGCUCUAUCGACUCCACCACCUCACCUGGCUCGAGCGCUUACGGCGCUUUCGCCGACCUAGUGGACCUGCUGGCGCGCUUGACACCGCAGCACAACCGCCGUCAUCAACGUCGACGUCAUCGCAGUUGCGUGAACCAUCACCACUCCCGCUGCGGCCGCUGUCGGCGUUCUACCAGCCGCCACCGGGCAUGGAGGCGGAGCGGUUUGGCGGAUACCUUGACGUGUCCAUUCGAGCAACGCACGACGACUCGAUGGCGACGGCAGCGGCAGCGGCGCACACGGUCGAGCAGCGAGCAGCGGAGGCGCAGCACAACCAGGCUGCUGCUGGCGAUGGUGGUGACAACAACAGCGACGACGACGAUGACGACUGGAACCAGCAUCCACUCGAGCGCAUUCCCGAUGACUGGGAUCCGCACUGGGAUUUGCUCGAAUCAGAGGCACGAAAGGUUCCCGCUGUGGUUCACGACCCAUUAGUACCAGGCACGCAAAUCACGCUCGCACUUGCUCAUGUGUGCCAGUACCAAUCGGGCGGCUGCCAUCGCGUUUCCUUCUCCAACAGCGGUUUUCUCGUCGCAAUUGCCGCCCUCGCACGCUUCCCAACCGGUGCGAAUCAGGAGAGCGGUGGCGGCGGCGAGGACGCGCCGUCAGCCAUGAAGGAGCAGCACGUCGUGCACGUGUAUGGCGUGAGCGGGGUGAGCCAGCAGCGGCAGCCGUUUCUCAUCCAGGAGUACCGCGCGCACACGGGGAUCAUCUACAACAUUGACUGGACACCGGACGACACGUGUUUCCUGACGUGCUCUGCCGAUGGCUUUGUGUGCUUGUGGGAUGCAGUGACAUUCAGCCCACAGCCGCUGGCGGUGCUGCCCCAUUCGUCAUUCGUGUACGACGCACGGUUCCUGCGCACUUCUGCCCAUCACGAGCACACACGCGCACGCGAACUGCAUACACACCCAGUCGUUGACGACAGUGAUGGUGAGAGUGCCAGUGAUGGCGAUGGUCAUGGCGGUGGCAGCGAUCGUUCCGAUCGCGACGGUGGCGGUGUUGUGCCGCUGGAGCCCCCCGGUCACGUUGGCGGCGUGUUUCGUGCAUCGCAGAGACGACGACGACAGCGCCGACGCCAUGGUGGCGAUGGUCACGGUGGCGGUCACGGUGGACGGAAGCGGGGAGCACUGGCGCAGCGCGUGAAGCAGCGGCGGCCUGUGGACACACACGCGCUGGCGGAGGCCGUGCAGGUGGUGACGGCAGCGUACGAUGGGCUGGUGCGCGUGUGGGAGCUGAGGGCACAGCGGCAACGCCGGCUCACCCUCUCCCUCGCGCACUCGCUGCGAACAAGCGGACAGCUGGAAGGAGCAGUGGUGUGUGAAACCAGAGCAGGGGCAACGACAACUCCCGCCAUUUCCUCGGAUCAGCAACAGCAACAGGGGCAACAGCAGUCGUCAGGUGGACUGGCCACAGCACCGGUUGCUGCCGUGAACGCGCUCGCCAUUGACCGGCGCCACACGCGCGUCUUUGCCGGUGACGCCAGCGGACGCAUCUGCGUCUGGCUCGUCGACACGUCAUCGUCACCAUCAGCACAAUCAUCAUCACCGCCAUCGCAAGUGCUGAGCGGGGCGCGGGAGCUGCGUGACCCGGAGAUGCGCGGGUUUGGCGUGACGAGCGUUGUUCUAGACAGCAGUGAACGCCGUCUCAUCUGCCUCUCCCGCGACGCCACCAUCCGAUUCAUCAACCUCACAAACAUGCUUGUCGACCAGAAAAUCCACGUUGGUGCACGCCAGGUGACGGGAAUGGUUCGCUGCUGUCUUUCGCCCUGCGGCCGUCUCCUCUUCGCAGGGGGUGACGAUGGACGAGUGCUGUGCUGGUACACGGACACAGGUCUGGCAUGCCGCACACAGCCAGCGCUGCCCACAAAGUAG